AUGAAGACCCAACAACUCUUCCCCUUCCUCUGUCUAGUAUCGACAGCUUUCGCCGAUACGUCUCGCAUCUGGCAGAGCCUGGCGGGAGUUUACUCCCUCGUGAACACUAGCAGCACGGAAAACGACAUCCCCAUCCCCGACGCCGUCUACGGCAAGAACCCCGUCGGCCUACUCAUCUACACCGCCUCCGGCUUCAUGUCCGCCACCAUCACCGCCACCGAGCCCGAGCUGCGGCCCGACGGCCUCACCUUCCCCUACUUGCCGAACCAGUCGGACGCCGACUGGGCCCUGGUCGGCCGACACAGCAUUGGCUACGCCGGGCCGCUGAGCAUCAACACCGACCUCCCCGCCAACGAGACGCACGGCCAGCUCUUCCACGGCCCGCUGACCGUCGCCAACGUGCCGAGCAUGGUGGGCAUCGAGCAGCGCCGCAACUACACCGUGUUCGAGGUCGUCGAGGACGGCGUCAAGGUCCGGUAUGUGCGCAUCGGGAGUGAGCGCGGGAAUGGUUUCCGCGGGGAGCUGUGGUGGAGGCGGAUUGAUAUGGCAUGA